CGCAGAUGACAGAGGCUUUAACCAAAGCCGAAGUCGAUGUUCAAGCAGUGACUGUGAACGAAAUAUCAACAUUGCAUAAAAUAGAAGCCUCUAGCAAUCCUAAAAGUGAAAUUUCUACGCAAGAAAUAUUAACAGCAAACGCUAACCGCACAUGGUCAAGGAAUGUCCGCAUCCAUCAAAAGCCAGUCCCGAAAGACUCGCACCGUUUCGCUCCGCCGCCGAACUACAGAGGGCAACCUGUAGAUCAACGUAGGAUUAAUAAUCUUGGCACAACCAUUCUUCCAACUGAUUUAACUUCUUUACCAACUUAUCCACCAACUAAAUCUUUCUGGGAUAGUUUGUUCAGUUUUACCCCAACGACACCUUUUCCAGGAAAUAAAGCAGGUAGUUGUCCGACAGCAUUUGCAUUGAUGUUUGAUUGUAACGGUGCCUGUAAUCAUGAUAACCAUUGUUACGGUCGCCAAAAGUGUUGUCAUGACGGAAGAGGAACUGGUUGUUGCUCUCACCCGGAGACUAUGGACAUUGGCUUCAACAACUUAUUAAUACCGUUGAUGGGGGCAGAGAAUCAAGGACAAGGACAGGGGCGGAAUCGAAAUGGGUUAUUUUUAGGUGAAGCAUUGACAAAGAAAUAAAACGAAUUUCUCUAUUAGGAGAAUUUGAAUUUUAGUUGUUAUAAUUUAAACGAAUUGUAAAAUUCAACAUUUGCUACGUGUCAUUUUGAAUGUUGUCUGUAUAUACCGUUGUACUUCUUAUGUUAUUUUAUUAAAUAUGUUUGAAAUACAUUCUCUACAAUGCAGACGCACUUGUUGUCUCUUUAGCACUUCGAGUUAACUCAUUAUUGAUAUUUACAUACAUUUUAACUUUACGAAAACAAAUCAUAGAUAAAUAC